GACACUACGCUUUCCAAUUACAGAAAACAGGAAAUGUAGCAUUUCCUCAGUUUCAAAUUCUGUAAGAUUUGAUCUCCUAUCAAACAAAGCCUCACGCUGCCUCAACUGGUCAUCUAUCUACUUGACAAGAAUACCUGUGCCCUGCUGUGCAAUAAAGUCUUAAUGCAAUAGGAAUUACAUAAUGUACACAACCAAAGAUUCGACUUCCACGGCGGAUUACGAUUACUAUCAUGGUUUUCUACCAGAGGACAUCAGGAGCGACAACACCUUCCAGGCAGUUCUUUACUCAUUGGUGUUUGUGUUUGGUCUCCCGGGGAACAUCCUUGUUCUGUGGGUUCUGAUACAGUACAAAGGGCUGAAGAGUAUGACAGACAUCUAUCUUCUGAAUCUGACGAUUUCUGAUUUACUUUUUGUUGUGUCGAUUCCAUUCUGGUUGCAUUACAUGUUACACGAAUGGGUGUUUGGGAAUGUUUUGUGUAAGGUAAUAAAUGCUGGUUAUCUGAUCGGCUUCUACAGUGGAAUACUCUUCAUAAUGCUCAUGAGUAUAGAACGCUACCUCGCAAUUGUUCACCAUGUGUUUGCUUUCAAGGUUAGAAAGGUGAGAUACGGCAUUAUCUCAAGCGCAAUAAUAUGGUUUGUAGCUAUUUGCGCCUCACUUCCUGAAUUGAUAUUUUACAACAUUAAAACAGUUUCAGGAAAAACAGAAUGUAGUAUUUUCUACCCAAAUACAACAAUAUCAACGUGGAAGGUUUUUGGCUUCUUUCAAGUUAAUAUUUUCGGAUUUUUGAUUCCUUUUUCUGUAAUGACUUUCUGUUAUUCCAGAAUAAUUAUAACUUUGCUUGGAAACAAAGCGAGCAAAAAGCAUCGGGCUGUAAAAAUAAUAUUCACAGUAAUGAUUGUGUUUUUUGUGUUUUGGAUCCCAUAUAAUAUUGUACUUUUCCUCAAUUCUUUGCUGGAAAUGGAAAUUUUGAACAAAAUUGGAAACGAAGGUAGGCUACAAAUGGCACUCCAAAUUACACAGUCUUUAGCCUUCACACACUGCUGUGUGAACCCAUUUAUAUAUGCCUUUAUGGGUGAAAAGUUUAGAAUGUAUGUGGGUAGAUUCUUUCGCAACUGGUUCUCACCAAUACUUGUGUGUAUGGGAUGGUCCAAUGUUCACUUCAACUUUCAAGACAAUAAUAGCUCUGUUCAGUCGCAUUCUUCUGGUAGACAUGAUUUAUCCACAGUUAUGUAGAUUUGUCAGCUUUGUGCAGUUAGUAAUACUCUCGCUUGAGUCCAAAGUUUGUGGUUUCGAGUCUAUGUUGCGGUUUGAGCUCACAGUCUUGCUGAUGCACCCAUGCAGUGCUACGAGAGUACUGCAUUGAGGGAGGUGCCAUCCUUCAGAUGAAAUGUUAAACUGAGAUCCUGUCGA